ACGGCUUUACACUUCUAAACCAGCUCUAAUUCAUCAUCUUCUUCACUCAAACACAGUACUUCCCCCGUCUCAUUCAGCCGUGAGACGAACUGCCACUUCUGCGCAUGCGCACUCUAUUGGGGCACACGUCUGCCUCCACGGCACACGAACUCUCCAGUUAAAUUUGACACCCGCGGAGGAUCCGAAGUGAUGUUUUCAAACAAGCCAGAAUUGCUCGCCGCUCGAAUCCGACCAUGCUUCGCUGUUCCUCGCGCUGAGGCUGAAAAUUGCGAUCUCUUUAUAAAGUGGGUAGCGGCCAAGCUGAGCAUCGAUAUAGCUAUUCAAAGGGAUACUUUGUCUGGUGGCAGUAGCACAGGCGGCUUCUACAGUUCAUGUCAUGAAAAGCAGUGAAAAAGUUGGCAGUGUGUUAUCUAAGUUUUCGUUACUAUGGGCGGCCUGGGGGUAGAGUGCAUUGUCAUCCUUGUCCUUGUGUUUGUGUUUAGUUUACACCUGGAACAGAGCGGGGGACGAGUGAUCAUGAAACAGCUGAGUUCCCGUGUUAUUAAUACCAGGUAUGGAAAAGUUCGAGGAAUUCUUGUUGAGUUUCCAAACCGGUAUCUACGCCCGGUCGAGGCCUACUUAGGCCUCCGCUACGCUGAUCUUGACCAAGGGAAUAUGCGGUUUAUGCCUCCAAAAAACCCUGUUGAAAAAUGGACGGGAAUUCGAGUAGCUGUUAAAAACCAACCAGUCUGUCCACAAGUCACUCACCACGAAAGGGAUUUAAGUCUGAGCUUACCUGAAGGUCGGGUGGCACACCUGAGAAACAUCACCCCGUUCUUAAGCGAACAAGGGGAGGACUGUCUCACACUCAAUCUAUAUGUUCCCACGAAAGAAUGGAACGACACAGACCCCAUGCCAGUGAUGGUGUUCGUCCACGGAGAGUCAUAUGAAACCGGAACCGGAAAUGCGUAUGACGGAAGUGUUUUAUCAAGUUACGGUGAUGUCAUAGUCGUCACCCUCAAUUACAGACUCGGAGUGCUUGGUUUCUUGACGACGGGGAACCAGGCUGCCAUGGGGAACUACGCCCUCCUUGAUAUCACUCAGGCUUUGCACUGGCUUAGAGAAAACAUCGCCAGUUUUACUGGCGAUCCUCAACGAGUGACACUGUUUGGUCACGGCCAUGGGGCCGCUCUCGUCAACCUGCUGAUGCUGUCGCCAUUUGCGUCAGAAGGUCGUGGUCCGUUCUUCCAAAGAGCCAUCAUUCAAAGUGGCUCCGCAUUGAGCACCUGGGCCGUGUCCUACGACCCUGUUUGGUGCACUCAAAAACUUGCCAUCAAUGUCAACUGUAGCCGGUUCAUAAGUGAUUCCCAAAAGCUCAUCAAAUGUCUCAGGGAACGUACGUACGAGGAGCUUGUAAAUGCAGUUCCCAAGGCACCGAAGUAUUAUUCGUGUUUUGCUCCAUCCGUCGAUGGAUGGUCGGUGCUUCCAAAGAAGGUGAUGGAGAUGAUUAAUGAGAAGAAGAUGAAGUUUGCAUCAGCCAAGGUCAUGUUUGGCAUUACCAAGAACGAAGCGUACUCCUACCUAAAACAACAAGAGAUCAAAAAAGGAAUAUCCGAAUUCCGGAAAACGCAAAUAAUCAGAACUUAUGUGCAAAAUGUGUUCCGAUACCACAGACAGAAAGUAUUUGAGAUUCUUGAUCACCAUUAUUCGGACUGGAACCGGAUAUCAGACAAAAUUUCCAAGAGAAACAAUAUCAUGGAUUUGCUUAGUGACGGGCAGUAUGUUGCACCAUUGAUGGAAACGGCCCAGAAACAUGCAGAAACAGCCGACACUUAUUUAUAUGCAUUUACGUACUCUACCCAGUCAGAGAAUUCGCAGGAUGUACAUGGUAUCCAUGGUGAUGAACUGCCAUAUGUUUUUGGUGCUCCUAUUGUUGAUGGAUUGUCUCCCUUUCCCUCCACUUACACCAGCGCAGAGAAGAUGCUUAGUGAGGCUGUGAUGACAUACUGGACGAAUUUUGCCAAAACUGGCAACCCCAAUGAGCCUCGCAACCAGACAUCCGUUCACGGCGGUCGUGUACGUAACCGUUUCGUAAACAUCGAUUGGCCAAAAUUUGAGCUUGGUGAUCAAAAUUACCUCCAAAUAGCGCGUCGGCCAACAGUUCGGCAUCACUAUCGAGCUCAGAAGUUAGCCCUAUGGCUUGAUCUCAUACCAAAUAUCAGCAAACCAAAAAGCGGCACAGAUCCAACUCAACACCUUCUGGAGGACUCCAACAACAUGUCUACUUUUGACGAAUUCCCGCGUUUGGUCCCACCAUUCAAUAAGGUGUUCCCAUCUCCACCACCGAUGCCGCCGAUCUCGCCAACCUGGGGACCGCCCAACGAUGGCACCUGGUCAACUACAAGUUACUACAACGGAUAUACAGAUGAGGAUCCAGAUAACAUUCACACAAGAGUGCGUCAUGGUUCCACUGAAUCCGCCACAGUGCUCCACAGCACUCCAGAUGGCGUUACUGCUGUUCCUGCCACAGCUGGACAGCCAGAUCCUUCUCACAGCUCCGUCCCUUUAAGCAUUACCGUUGCAGUUGGAUGUUCACUUUUGUUUCUUAACAUUCUGAUAUUUGCUGGAGUGUUUUAUCAAAGGGAACGAAUAAAAAAGUUAAAAAGGCAGCAAGAGCAAGAAGAGGAAGAACAGGAGGAAGUAAAACUGGCCCGGAAAUUAGAAAAGACAGUGCGAAACGCCACGGGUCCUGAGACUGUAAGUCUCAUGUCAAAUCCUUCUAAUCAUCAAUCUCCUGCCAAAAAUGCUCAUCCACAACCAAGCCCACAGAAUAACCAGAAAACAGCAAUAGCAUCCAAACCACCACCGCCCCCAGGGUCGGGCUACACGUACACAGCCAUCCCCACACAGUCGACAUCACCUAUGCACCGCAAUGCCAUGCCUCAUGGACACCCAAUACCAAUGAACACCUUCGGCAAAGGAAAGACUCCAGACCACCUGCAAAGGUCUGAAAAUGAUGGUCACAUUUAUAAAAAGAUAAAUAAACCAAAUUCGAGGGAUAUGAAUGACUCGAACAAUGCCAUUACUAUAGUUUAGUGAUCGUGUAGAUAUAAGAACAUAAAGCAAUUGACUGGACACGUGUCAAAAGACACAGGCCAGUGGCUGGCCUCAAGUGUGAUUGACAAGGAUGAAUGGGCGUCGUAUGUGUCAGCCAGCGGAAUUGUUUUGAGAUUAUUCGUUAGGGACAAUGCCAGGGAAGGGUGUGGCUGGUCCGAUGGUUUGUUGGAACAGGUGCUAAUUUCUAUAAAGAGGCGAGAGCAUGCAAAUUCGUGUGACAAUCACAAACAAAGGACAGGACAUCAUUAAUUCCAUUUACACCUGAAAAUGCCCAAACCGUUUCCCUUUCAACACAAAGAGGCAUUUAUGUGAAACGUCCCAAUUGUAACAUGUAACAUGCACCCAAAUAGAUAUGUUCCCUGUAGGUAAAUGUGCCAUGAUGGGUUUGUUCUUUACCCAACCACUAUAUUACCGAUUCCAUACUGUUACCUACAAACCAUCAGAAUUAUCAGUGGAAAAGCUAUCUCAUUCUGUUCAGAUACGUCUGAUUCUGCAUUCCCAAAGGAACACAAUAUAUCAUCAUAUUUAGUAUUUACACAGUAAAAUAUCACAGGAAGGUUGCAAUAAUUGCAACAAACACCAUCACGUAACAUGGUUUUGCUGUUUUAAUUAUAUGCUUCCCAUCAAACGUUUAGACUCACUAGUGUAAAUAUAGCCACUUACUUCAGGCAACUGUUCUAACUAAAUUUUGCAAAAUAUUCCAUACUG